CCUCUAACCUUAACCGGCCCUUCAGUCUUCGCCGUCGUCCAGCACAGCGAUGAGCAUCACCGUUGACGAUCUCGUCGCCAGUUUUGGCUCCAGCCACAUCGGCCAGGAGGCCAUGGACCUCGCUGCGCUCCAGUCUCAGCUUGCUCAGACGCUUUUCGCGCACGCGUUACCGCAACAGCAUUCCCAGUCGAUCCCAAACCGCGAGAUCGGAUACCAGCCGUGCAAUACGCCCAUCGCGUGCACCCCCACGUCUCCGACCGGCUCGUUCCCGUGGAGCCAGAUGCGCACUGAGAGACGCAGCGCGAGCCUUUGCAGCCGCCGCUCGGUCGACGAUAGCAUGCUCACCGACGACGAGGACGAACGGUUGGUCGAGGAGCAGCUCCUCGGCGGCUCGUCCUCGACGACCACCGCCGCCCCCUCGCAACAGCAUCAGAUGCAGACUUCCUGGUCGGCAGCGCUCGACGAGCAACAGCAACAACACAGCUCGUCGCUCUUCGCGACGACUGACCCGUUCUACGUGGCUGCGAGCAACCCUGCGCCCGCCGCGCCCUCGGUUUUCGCCCAGGUCGGCCGGCCGUCCCAGCAAUCGCCCUUCCUGGCGCAACAGACGCAACCGUUCGGCGGUUCACAGGCACACGCUGCUCCGAAUCCGUACUUCGCGCAGCAGACGCCACGCUUGGGCAUCGCUCCGCAGCAGCGUAGCUUAUUCGUAACCGGGGCAUAACUCUGUUCUGAAACCGGGGUUCCCUCACCCGCCAACCCCGCGCCGUUCCAUUCAUCAAGUUACGAAACAUACCCCGCUCUCGCACAGCCUUGCCACCCCUCCUCUCUCACUUUGUACUACUCUCGCUCUGCGAAGUCCGCAGCGGCCUCACUUGGCACACAAUACGGAAUGUAACAAAGCGUAGCGUGCACGCUUCUAGUGCCGGGUCCUUGGGAUCCUCUCGGAUACCUCGGAUACUCGCGUGGCAUGCGUCAUGCGAAGAAUCUGCCUCCGGACCGCAUCAUGGCCGCACCAUUCCGCCAGGUACACGUAUCGGCGAAACCUCUUGCUUAUCUGCGGAGCUACACGUCCUUUCCCGGACACGGUCAUAUGUCCUCCUACCGAUGCCGCUCCUCACGGACUCCCCACUUGCAUAACACAACACUUACACCAUCCUGGGACUCUUUCCACUUCAUCCGUCGCUACCCCUUUUGUUAUCAUCAACAGCAAAUAACUCAAGUUACGAUACCUCCCCGAACCCGUUCCCGUUCACGCACCUCGACUCCACUCCACUGACCUCCCUGGUCUGAAGUAUUUGAUCUCGGAUAAUUGUAGACGUACUUUUCUUCUUACUCUCCAUUCAACGCAAGACCUCC